CCGGCGCGGAGAUAAAUACGCGAUACGAACUCGCGAUUCAUUCGCCCGCCCGCUCGUUUAACGUCGUACCGUCGCGUUUUUGGAAGUUCCGUUUUUUUGCGGCUUUGCUAAAGUUUUUCCAGCAGGCUUUUCGCGCAGCCUAAUGGCGACGUGGUUCUCGGCCGUGCUUAUUCAGCGGAUGCAUAGAAAGUCUUUUUUUAAGGGAUAAAAUAAAAACUUGAGCUUUAGCCUUCAUUACUCUGCUACAACUAAAUGAAAUAUAUGAGUCCUGCUUUUAUUCUUAUUAUUCUUGGAUCAGACCAUAUUUUGCUUUUCCUGAAAUGUUUAUUGUAUUACCGCUAAAAAAAUAUGUGUAUGUGUUUUGAUGUAGAAAUGCCCACUUGAGCUCAGAUUUUUAUAAUGCAUGCAGGUUCGUUAAAUCCAAACGACUGUCAAAUAUCAGUCCCUGCAGAUGUAUUACACCAAUUCUUUUUUCAAUUAAGAGACAUAAAUAAAAAAUCUUUAGCUUCGCGCUAUUCUGGUUCAUGAAACACGUAUACGGAUCUUUCGUUUCUAUUCCUAUUCUUAUUAUUUUUAAAUUAUGCUUUACCUUACAAUUUUAGCUUUUCCUCACCGUGCUAUCGCUUACAAGAAACGUGUAUAUAAUGUUUAGAUAUCGCGAGUAUCAGCAGUGGAUUGAGAUCAGGUCUACAGGUUAGUCAAAUCUAAAUAAAUGUACGCAUCAGUCGUAUCUGCGAUGACUGCCUACUGUCCACUACUUGUCUAGUGCCUGUGCCUGUACUGCUGUAUUAUACUUCGAAAACUCGCCGUAUUUGAUGCGUAGUGACAUCUCUUGGCGUGAUGCACCGAUUACCGAUGGGCGAUACUGCUACUAGUUACCAAUAGCGGCUACUAACUGUAGUAUCCUAACCUAACUGUAGUAUCGUUUAAAAACACACCGCAUAUUAUCAAAUAUCAGCAUGCGACGAAGGGCACCCCUACCAACGGCGAUUCGAAAACGUAAUUAUUUCAAAUGACGGGAAUGCAAAAGAGAAAGAGGAAAAACGAAAAGAAAAAAAGAAAUGUUUCUAUUUUUUCACCUGUCAUAUAACGCUUCAUGACGCGUGCAAGUUGCGUCCGUAUAUAUAUCGACUUCAACUUGGCGACCGAAUAUUGAGCAAACAAACGCCGAGGUGUCCCGGCGGCGUUUAGAUAUUAUAGAAAAAGAAGGAACAUUCGCACACGUUGGGACAUUUUGCUGCUUCGGCGUAAAUAUCCGCUGUCACUUUGAACGCGCGUCACAUUCCAAAUCGAAUUCUUCUGAAUUUUGCCUUUUUCCGAUUUAUUUGCAACGUACGUCGCACGCUCGCGAGCGCAGAGGACAAAUAAUGAAUGACAGAUAUGCCGAGUUCGCGGAAGACGCGGAGGAGCCGUCCGUCACGUCGUCGGAUCCGAACGAGCGAAAAUUAGCGCGUCGCAUCCGCAUUCAGCGGCGCCUAGAAACGCUAGCUAAAAAAACAGAUAUUGAAGAUGAAGGGAUUGUCGAGAAGACGCUCACCGAGAAGCAAAUACUUGCUAGUUCUGAAUUGUUGGAAAACUUGUCGACGGAAGGCGCCGAAGUGGUGACCUCCGUGAAGGUGGCGAACGACGCCAGGGAGCUACAGCGACGGAGGGAGGCGCAAGAAAUCAGGAGAACGUUGCUGAGGCAGCUCGAGGAGGACGAAGAGGAAUGCAUGAAAAGAUACCGGGAGAUCAACGAGAAGUGGUCAAACAUCCUCGCGUCCAAGGAUCCGUUAGACAUACACGCGGAAAUGGAGGCCCAAAAUGCCAAGUGUCUGGAAUUCAUGGAGAGGAAAGACGUCGUCAUCGCGGAGUUGCGGCAAGAGUUGGAGAACGCCGAUCUCAAGUUCGUUAAUGACCAGAAAAGUCAGAGCGAGGACAUAGACUUGUUGAUCAACAGGAUGGAUAAUCAAAUGAACAUCAUGACCAAAGCUUACCGUCACGAGUUGUCGCUUAUUAAUGACGUAAUGGAGUCGGAGCGUAAAGUGCUGCAGGAUAACCUUUCGGAGAAAUGGGAAGCGCUGUACAAAAAGCUGCGGGAGGACAGUCUCGUGGGAUUGGACAGGCGGAAGGAAAUAAUGCGCGAGUACGAGGAAGAGAUGAAGAGAGUGAUGAUUGAGCAUCAGGAAGAGUUCCGGGCGCAGAAAAUCAGUUUCGAGCUUGAGAUUCAGAAGCUCCAACAGGAGGUGCAGAGCACGAGAGCGCUGUGUUUCAUGAACAUCGAGAAACUGGACUACAGUUACGCCGUGCUUAAGCGACGAGAGGACGAGAACGCUAUAGUGAAAAAUCAGCAAAAGAGAAGAAUUAAUAAACUUCAAGAUAUUAUCAAUGGUCUGAAAAAAAAUUAUGCGGAGUUAGAAGAGAACACGAGACUUGAGAUACAGAAGCUCACCGACCAAGUCAUAAAGGCGCACAAGAAUAUUUUGGAUUUAAUAGAAAAGUCGAAUCACUUUACGAGAAUUAAUGAUAAGAAGUAUAUACAAAUUUGGGAUAUGAAUGCAAAAAACGCGAAUGAGCUGCUCGAUAAGAUUUUAAAUGCUGACAAAGUCAUAUACGAACAAACAUUGGGCAUAGAGUGGAGUCCGCCGAAAGAAACCCUGCUAAAAAAGGAAGAUCUGCCGUCUUAUCGCAGUGUGAUGUGUGCUAUAGAGGAAGAAAACAGAUUGAUUAAUGAGAAAAAGCUAAUAUGUGAAUCUUACAAGCCGGCGAGCACCAUCGAGGAAAUGAAUUUAGAAAGACGAUUGCUGAAUCGUAUCGUAAAGCAGAUUGCCGAUCGUUGCGAUUACUUGAUCGAAGACAGACUGCUCGAGUUGCUUUUACCUUACACCGCGAACGAUCAGCUGAUCAUACGACUGGAUAAUGUGUUUCAGGCGUUAAACAUCAAGUCCGAGAAGGAGCUUGGCUUACUCUUGAAUUUCUUUCUGCCGUAUGCAUAUUGUUCCACGUGUAGCGAGGAUAUGAGCAAAGUCAUAAGCGAAUCUACUGAUGAUGAAUCUCCUUCGUUGAAAACAGAUACUAGCGUUGAACAAACAGACGUUUGUGGGGCUGCUGAGGAAUUCACGGAAGACGAAGCUAAAUUAAUUGCCGUCGUGAAAGAAGCAAUUUGUGAUGAAAAAUUAUCUACUCCUAGCGACGAAGUGAGCAUUAUAGGUGUUUCGUCUCGAAGUUCUUCAACUGAAACGUUACUUCCUAUCGCGGAAUGUACUUCAACUUCUCAUGCAUCUAUUAGCGAUAUCGUUAAGGACGAUGAUCAAAUGCAACGACGCUUAAUGUGUGACAAGGGACACUUGCUUGAAAUUGAAGCUACAUUUGUCACCAGAGCGUUACGAGAAUUCGUAGAAAGAUACCAUUUUGUUAAAUGGAAAGAAAUGCCAGAGACAUUUCAAGAAAAAUUAACAGCGAAAAAGACGGUCGUAUCCCGAAAUAUGACAAUUCAGGAUAUAACCGAUUUUUGGGAGCGAUACAAUGAAAUUUUCCCAGCCAAGAAGGAACGACUUUGGGAUGGUUUAUUAAUCGGGCUUAAGAAGUAUCACGAAAUAUUAAAAGAACGACAUUGCUUGAAUAUUGAAGUGGAAUCUUUACGAACGCAGAAUGCAGAAUUACGCCGUUUAUUGAAAACAUACAUAAUCCAAUGUGAAUGUGAUGGACUCUCGCAAAAAUGAUGCACAAUCUAUUCAUGAAGCGACUUAGAAUAGAACUUGUGAAUACAUUUAAUUUCAAUUUUGUAGUUGAUUGAACUCAUUAAAUUCAUAUAUAA